AUGGCUGAUAUUCUGCCUCCCCUCCCAGCCGAGUAUGCUCGCGGCCUUGAGCUUAUCGACGCCGCUCAUGCCCAAGACUCCAGAACAGCUGAGGGUCCUGAUGGAACAACGAUUCCUUAUGAGCUCAAGUACGCCCAGAAGAUGACAAAAUGGCUCGCCCGUCUAUGCCCCGAAGCAAGUCCUGUUCUUCAACUCGCCUGCCGAGCACAGCACUUUCGAAGAUGGGAGAUUCCUCGGAGCAGCUACCCCAUGACUCGCCCAGGUUACUUAACUUGGCGAGCAAAGCUCAAGGCCCAAGCCGCCUCUCAGGUUGCAGAGCUUCUGGCUUCUCCGGAGAUUCAACCACCGAUCCCUGAAGAAGCCCGGUCUCGCAUAGCUGCCUUGAUUCGCAAGGAGAAUCUCAAGGCAGACGAGGAGACCCAGGUUCUCGAGGAUGCGGCAUGUCUGGUCUUCCUUGACGACCAGUUUGAUGACUUUGAGAGCAAGUCAGACCUUGACGAGGCAAAGAUGAUAGGCAUUCUUCAAAAGACAUGGGGCAAGAUGGGCGAAAAGGGGCGACAGUUGGCUCUCGAGAUGAACCAUAGUGACCGUGCCAAGGAGUUGAUAGGAAAGGCACUUGCAGGCUGA